AAACAGUAAUCGCUUUAAAUAAUUUUCUUAGAAUUUGGAAACAGGACCCUGCAUUUCAAAAACAUUUAGACAUUUCACCUCAGAAUAUUUAUCUUUGGGAUGAGAAAGAACCAGAAAAUGCAGUAGACUUGAACCCUCUUAUAAACACUACAGUAGAAAUUAAUUUCGAUGAAUUUCUACAAAUAGAAACAGAAGUACCUCUACCUGCAGAAGAAGCCACCCCUGCAGAAGUUACUACAGAGUUCGGAAACCAUCCUAGUAGAGAAUUGUCGACCACAUGA